CCGGCGGGCGGCGGCGGCGGCGGCGGUGGCGCCUCCUCCUGGCUGCUGGACGGGAACAGCUGGCUGCUGUGCUAUGGCUUCCUCUACCUGGCCCUCUACGCGCAGGUGUCCCAGUCCAAGCCGUGCGAGAGGACCGGCUCCUGCUUCUCGGGCCGCUGUGUCAACUCCACCUGCCUCUGCGACCCGGGCUGGGUGGGGGACCAGUGCCAGCACUGCCAGGGCCGGUUCAAGUUAACUGAACCUUCUGGAUAUUUAACAGAUGGUCCAAUUAAUUAUAAAUAUAAAACUAAAUGUACAUGGCUAAUUGAAGGCUAUCCAAAUGCAGUGUUAAGAUUAAGAUUCAAUCAUUUUGCAACAGAAUGUAGCUGGGAUCAUAUGUAUGUUUAUGAUGGAGAUUCAAUAUAUGCUCCUUUGAUAGCUGUUCUUAGUGGUUUGAUAGUCCCUGAAAUCAGGGGAAAUGAAACUGUGCCUGAAGUCGUUACCACAUCUGGCUAUGCACUGUUACAUUUUUUUAGCGAUGCUGCAUACAAUCUAACUGGUUUCAACAUCUUUUACUCAAUCAAUUCUUGUCCUAACAAUUGCUCUGGUCAUGGGAAGUGUACAACCAGCAUCUCUGUCCCGAGUCAAGUAUUCUGUGAAUGUGACAAAUACUGGAAGGGCGAAGCCUGUGACGUCCCCUACUGUAAAGCCAACUGCGGCAGUCCAGAUCACGGCUACUGCGACCUGACCGGGGAGAAGCUGUGCGUCUGCAAUGACAGUUGGCAAGGUCCUGAUUGUUCUUUGAAUGUUCCUUCUACUGAAUCUUACUGGAUUCUGCCAAAUGUUAAACCCUUCAGUCCUUCUGUGGGUCGGGCUUCCCAUAAAGCAGUUUUACAUGGGAAAUUUAUGUGGGUGAUUGGUGGAUAUACUUUUAACUACAGUUCUUUUCAAAUGGUUCUGAAUUACAAUUUGGAAAGCAGUAUAUGGAAUGUAGGAAGUCUGUCAAGGGGUCCUCUCCAGAGAUAUGGACACUCUCUUGCUUUAUAUCAGGAAAACAUCUUUAUGUAUGGAGGCAGAAUCGAAACAAAUGGUGGCAAUGUCACAGACGAAUUAUGGGUUUUUAACAUACAUAGUCAGUCAUGGAGUACAAAAAGUCCUACUGUUCUUGGACAUGGCCAGCAGUACGCUGUGGAGGGACAUUCCGCUCACAUUAUGGAGUUGGAUAGUAGAGAUGUUGUCAUGAUCAUAAUAUUUGGAUAUUCUUCAAUAUAUGGUUAUACAAGCAGCAUACAGGAAUACCAUAUCUCAUCGAACACGUGGCUUGUCCCAGAAACUAAAGGAGCUAUUGUUCAAGGUGGAUAUGGCCAUACCAGUGUGUAUGAUGAAAUAACAAAGUCCAUUUAUGUUCACGGAGGCUAUAAAGCAUUACCAGGCAAUAAAUAUGGAUUGGUAGAUGAUCUUUAUAAGUAUGAAGUUAACACUAAGACUUGGACUAUUUUGAAAGAAAGUGGGUUUGCCAGAUACCUUCAUUCAGCUGUUCUUAUCAAUGGAGCUAUGCUUAUUUUUGGAGGAAAUACCCAUAAUGACACUUCCUUGAGUAACGGUGCAAAAUGUUUUUCUGCCGAUUUCCUGGCAUAUGACAUAGCUUGUGAUGAAUGGAAAAUAUUACCAAAACCAAAUCUUCAUAGAGAUGUCAACAGAUUUGGACACUCUGCGGUUGUCAUUAAUGGGUCCAUGUAUAUAUUUGGAGGAUUUUCUAGUGUACUCCUUAAUGACAUUCUUGUUUACAAGCCUCCAAAUUGCAAGGCUUUCAGAGAUGAAGAACUUUGUAAGAAUGCUGGUCCAGGAAUAAAAUGUAUUUGGAAUAAAAAUCACUGUGAAUCUUGGGAAUCUGGGAAUACUAAUAAUAUCCUUAGAGCAAAGUGCCCUCCUAAAACAGCGGCUCCUGACGACAGGUGUUACAGAUACGCGGACUGUGCCAGCUGCACUGCCAACACCAACGGGUGCCAGUGGUGCGACGACAAGAAAUGUAUUUCAGCCAACAGUAACUGCAGUGUGUCUGUGAAAAACUAUACCAAAUGUCAUGUGAGAAAUGAGCAGAUUUGUAACAAACUUACCAGUUGUAAAAGCUGUUCGCUAAACUUGAAUUGCCAGUGGGAUCAGCGACAGCAAGAAUGCCAGGCUUUACCAGCUCAUCUUUGUGGAGAAGGAUGGAAUCAUAUUGGUGAUGCUUGUCUUAGAAUCAAUUCCAGUAGAGAAAGCUAUGACAAUGCAAAACUUUAUUGCUAUAAUCUUAGUGGAAAUCUUGCUUCAUUAACAACCUCAAAAGAAGUAGAAUUUGUUCUGGAUGAAAUACAGAAGUAUACACAACAGAAAGUAUCACCUUGGGUCGGCUUGCGCAAGAUCAACAUAUCCUACUGGGGAUGGGAAGACAUGUCUCCUUUUACAAAUACAACGCUACAGUGGCUUCCCGGGGAACCAAAUGACUCUGGGUUCUGUGCCUACCUAGAAAAGGCUGCAGUGGCAGGUUUAAAAGCUAAUCCUUGCACAUCUAUGGCCGAUGGCCUUGUCUGCGAAAAGCCUGUUGUUAGUCCAAAUCAAAAUGCAAGGCCAUGCAAAAAGCCAUGUUCUCUGAGGACGUCCUGCUCCAACUGCACGAGCAACGGCAUGGAGUGUAUGUGGUGCAGCAGCACGAGACGGUGCGUCGACUCCAAUGCUUACAUCAUUUCUUUUCCAUACGGACAGUGUCUGGAGUGGCAAACGGCCACCUGCUCUCCUCAAAACUGUUCUGGACUGAGAACCUGUGGACACUGUUUGGAGCAGCCUGGCUGCGGCUGGUGCAAUGACCCUAGUAACACAGGCAGAGGCCACUGCAUUGAAGGAUCGUCACGGGGACCGAUGACGCUUGUUGGAAUGCACAAUAACGAGAUGGUUCUCGAUACCAGUCUUUGCCCUAAAGAAAAGAACUAUGAGUGGUCCUUUAUCCAGUGUCCAGCUUGCCAGUGUAAUGGACAUAGCACUUGCAUCAAUAAUAACGUAUGUGAACAGUGUAAAAAUCUUACCACAGGAAAACAGUGUCAAGACUGCAUGCCGGGUUAUUAUGGAGAUCCAACUAAUGGAGGACAGUGCACAGCUUGUACAUGCAGCGGCCAUGCCAACAUUUGUCAUAUGCACACAGGAAAAUGUUUCUGCACAACUAAAGGAAUAAAAGGUGAUCAGUGUCAACUGUGUGAUUCUGAAAAUCGCUAUGUUGGUAAUCCACUUAGAGGAACAUGUUAUUUUUUAGAAUGGUCAAACAAAAAUUUGGAUAUUUCGAUUAAUGCAUCAAACAACUUUAAUCUCAACAUUACGUGGUCAGUUGGUUCAACAGCUGGAACAAUUUCUGGAGAGGAGACUCCUAUAGUGUCCAAGACUAAUGUAAAGGAAUACAGAGAUAGUUUUUCGUAUGAAAAAUUUAACUUUAGAAGCAACCCUAACAUUACAUUCUAUGUGUACGUCAGCAACUUUUCCUGGCCUAUUAAAAUACAGAUUGCAUUCUCACAGCACAACACGAUCAUGGAUCUUGUGCAGUUUUUUGUCACCUUCUUCAGUUGUUUUUUAUCCUUAUUGCUGGUGGCUGCAGUGGUCUGGAAGAUCAAACAAACAUGUUGGGCGUCUCGACGGAGAGAGCAACUGCUUCGAGAACGACAGCAGAUGGCCAGCCGUCCCUUUGCUUCUGUUGAUGUAGCCCUGGAAGUGGGAGCCGAACAAACGGAGUAUCUGCGCGGGCCAGUGGAGGGGGCACCUAAGCCAAUAGCCAUCGAGCCAUGUGCUGGGAACAGGGCUGCUGUUCUGACUGUGUUUCUUUGCCUACCGCGAGGGUCCUCCGGUGCCCCUCCUCCCGGACAGUCAGGCCUUGCGAUCGCCAGUGCCCUAAUAGAUAUUUCACAACAGAAGCCUUCAGAUAAUAAAGACAAGACUUCAGGAGUCCGAAAUCGAAAACACCACCUCUCAACACGUCAAGGAACUUGUGUCUGAGAAACAGAAACUGCUCCUGGAUAUUCUGAUAUGUUUGAUUUUGUACAUGACUUCCAUUAAGGCUGGUCUGUGGCCUCAGUUUUUAUGGAGGCAAACCUCUCCAUGGGUCCAGAGCUCAAGUACAGUUCCCUCCAAAUGGGCAAUGACUCGAGUGGCCAGAGAAUGUUCGUGACUUUUAUGAAAGCAAAAGUACUGAUGGUCACAGGCGGUGAAGUCCGUUUUUACGACUCUCUUAGGCUUAUCAUAGAUAACAUUUAAAUACUCUGGAAAAAGAUGUAUAUUAUUUCUUAAUGCAGAUGAAAAAUAUGUAAUUCCUAUAAACCAAACUGUUUAUAUCCCAGGACUUUAAAGAAAGACAUUUUAUAAUGCCUGACUGAUGAGAAUUGUACAGUUUUUGCCUCAUAAGCAAACUUAAACCACUUGUAUAUGAACAGGAAAUGAACACAUCACAAUGGCUUUAAAUGUUGUUUUAUCUCACUGUAAAUGUAAAAGCAAGACUCUGACUUAGCAGGAUGUAGGUAGUGUAUUUAAAUGUUCCGUGUGACCAUAUCAUGUCCAAACUCAGUUUGAGAAUGGGAAAGGCAAACCAAAAUGAGACCAUUUGGAUGGACAGUAAAUGCAGCUUCACAGCAGGUUUUAUUAGAAUUCUGAGUGAAAAGGACAUUCCUGUCAUCCACGCCAACUGCCUCACUCGUUAUCAGAGCUGAUAGUGCAUGGAAAAGCCUGUCCAGCAAUCAAUUUUUCCCCUCCUGCCAAAAACCCUCCAAUACCAAACCUGAAGAGAGCUGAAAUAGUUAUUUUACAGUGUGUGAGCUUCGGCCCUAGUAUGGUAAUUUUUUUUAAUUGCUUAGGAAUCAUUGGAUCCGACCUAAAUGAUCCAUCUGUACUUUCACAAGGAUAGAUCAGCUUUGGUAGGCCUUCCUCUCCUAGCUGCUAGAUUUUCUCUACCUUUUACAAAUAUUAUGGAAGUAUGUUAGAGGGGACCCCUCCCAAGUAGUCACACGGUCCAGGAUCCUGCUUGCCAACCAUUCACUUAGACAAGUAGAGAAGAGCGUUUGUUGGCACCAUAUACAGUAUUCUUUUCUCACAUGAACACGCUGGUGUCAUGAGACAAAGCUGCCAGUUUAAAAAAUAAGUUCCUCAUUGCCCACAUCUCACAUAUUCUGAAUCAUUCAAACAUCUGAAUUAUGGCAGAAAGGAAAAACGGUGUAUGACAGCUUUCACAUCAGCACAUCGAAUUAUUUGUGUCCUGAUUUUGACAACGGUUCACUAGACUCAGUAGCGUUAACAAAUCUUGUUUGGAAUUAACAGUUAAUCUUAACUCUCGUCAGGGCGACUCCAGGAUAUUUGUAGAAAGCAGUGCCAGAGGUCCCCAAAGCUGCUUUAUGCAAUAUGGUUUUGUUCAAUAUGAAAGUCAUUUGAACGUAAUUGAUGUUUAGUACUCUGUAUGUACUUUUCAUGUUCUUUGGAUUUCUGGAAGGUAAUGACACUUUACUGUUUACAGCUAAUGCAUAGCUACUUGCAUGCCCUGGUUGUGCAGUAGCGGAAUAUGACCCUCUUGUGAUACUCACUGUUUAUUUCAUAAUACCAUUGAUCCAUAGCUUAAUUUGAUGAGGAUCGAAUAUAAUAUAUAACAGGAAUGAUCAUACAGUAGGUAGUUGCAUCGUAUAUAAGAUUGCUAGGUUGCAUCUAGCCAUGACUCUGUUUUGAUAAUUAGGCAUUUAUGAAUUAUAGUAUAUAUUCCUUAUGUUGGCAUGAUAAUUUUGCUAUUUUCUAUGCAUUAAAAAUAAGACUAAUUCUUAGAGUAAUUUUAUCUAUAGCCUGUGGGGUUUUUGGGAGAGAGGGCGGCAGUGAGGUUGGUUGAUUUUUCCUCCCUGUGAUAUUUUAUCUCUCAAAAAAAAAAAAAAAAAAGCAAGCAAAGUUUGUAAAUGUCUCCUAGAAAAAUGAUCAAGUAAUUUUAUUAGCUUCUUUUUGGACCCUUUAAAUGUUGCUUUUUCUCCUGGACGAAUAAAUUGACAAAACUGGUGACUACAAAAAUAUAAUCAUUUAAAAAUAAAA